CGGAACAGGCGGCGGCGCGAGCGCGCACCUCCGAGUGGUGAGCGCGCCCCGGGGCCGGCUUAGCUGCUCGGGUGCGCGCCUCGGGGCCCUGCCCCAUCUCUGUCCUGCCUGCAGCGUCCGGAGCCGGCAGUCCGUACGGGCAGGGUCAUCCAAGCAAGCCCGACCGCGCUCCGCCUCCCGCAUCUUUUCCCGGCACCAAACAACGCGUUGAUCCAGCUCUUCGUCCAAGUGCUUCGCGCUUCCGGAAGAAGGCAGCGGAGACCUGUUUGAGAUGUGGUGGUUUCAGCAAGGCCUCAGUUUCCUUCCUUCAGCCCUUGUAAUUUGGACGGCUGCUGCUUUCAUAUUUUCAUAUAUCACUGCUAUAACACUUCACCAUGUUGACCCUGUUUUGCCUUAUAUCAGUGACACUGGUACAGUAGCUCCAGAAAAAUGCUUGUUUGGGGCAAUGUUAAAUAUUGCCGCAGUUUUAUGCAUUGCGACCAUUUAUGUUCGUUAUAAGCAAGUUCAUGCUCUGAAUCCUGAAGAGAGUCGUAUCAUCAAAUUAAACAAGGCUGGUCUUGUACUUGGAUUACUGAGUUGUUUAGGACUUUCUAUUGUGGCAAACUUCCAGAAAACCACCUUUUUUGCUGUACAUGUAUGUGGAGCUGUGCUCACCUUUGGCAUUGGCUCAUUAUACAUGUUUGUUCAGACUAUCCUUUCCUACCAAAUGCAGCCCAAAAUUCACGGCAAACAAGUCUUCUGGAUCAGACUAUUGUUGGUUAUCUGGUGUGGAGUAAGUGCAUUUAGCAUGCUGACUUGUUCAUCACUUUUGUACAGUGGCAGUUUUGGCGCUGAUAUAGUACAGAAACUCCAUUGGAAUCCUGAGGACAAAGGUUAUGUGCUUCACAUGAUCACUACUGCAGCAGAAUGGUCUAUGUCACUUUCCUUCUUCGGUUUUUUCCUGACUUAUAUUCGUGAUUUUCAGAAAAUUUCUUUACGGGUAGAAGCCACUUUACACGGAUUAACCCUCUAUGACACUGCUCCUUGCCCUAUUAACAAUGAACGAACACGGCUACUUUCCAGAGAUGUAUGAUGAAAGGACAAAAUAUACCUAUGGUGAUUAUGAUUCUCAGGGAUUGGGGAAAUAUUCAUGAAAGUUACUUAUUCUGCUCUGAAAUUUUCAACCAGUUAAUCAAGGCUGACAGUGACAUCAAAGAAUCCUGAUAAUCAAGAGACAUGAAUUAAGCCAUUUGAUGUUGUUUUAAAGGAUAUCUUCAAGAGGACCAUGAAAAAACAUUUAUGCCUAUACUUUUUUAUCCCAGAAAAUAAAACCAAAGGACUACAAAAUUGUAGAUUUUUUUCUACUUUUUUAAGAGAAACAACCAGAAGUGCACCAAGCAGUCUGCAAAAUUCAGCUUUUCACAUUUUUAAAAACAUUACAAACCAUGUUUUGUUUGGAGCACUUAUGUGAGAUAUGUUUCAGGACCCCAAAUAAUCAGCAAUGCUCAACAGCUUUAAAAUUGGGUUUUGAAGUAAUAGUUUUACCAUAUUAAUACAUUUCUUAUAGUCUUUAUAAAAUUUAUUUCCUCUGGAAUCCAACUUUAAAGGGAAACAGACCUGAAUUCAUGUGAGCACUUUUAUUGCUUAAGCUUUGCACAAGAGAUUCUGUAGAUAUUUGAUUCCUGCCACAAGGCCAGAUAGUAUGCUAACUGGUCUAUACACAUGCUUGUGAUAGUUUCAUGAAGGUUAGUCUCUGAUAUGAGAUUUUAAUUACUAAUGAAUGAGAAAAGUAGCUAUAGGUAAAUUUACUCCAGUUGUGUUUUGCGUAAAACAAUGGUUAGUGUUCCUACACAAGUCUGAGAAGUUUGUGAAUAACAGCAAGUAUAAUUAAAAUAAA